AUGAUCUGGUCACACAUCUCUUUUCUUGUUCUUCUCAAUCUCUGUCGAGAGACAGCUUGCACAGUUCUCUCCUUCCUUUCCUUGGUAGCGCCGUCGCCUGUACCUUCGUCUCUUCUUCUGCCCCACUAGAUGAUUAGCUGGCCUUCGGGACAUCCCUUUCAACUUGGAACGAUACCGAGAAAGAAGAUUAGCAUGGCCCCUGCGCCGCAAGGAUGACACGCGUUAAUUAAUCGAGGAUUGCCCACUCGAUUCAUGAUUGCCAAUCUACCAAUUUACCAUUACUCAACCUUAGGCGAUUUGAUCGCAUCGGCAUCUGUUUGAGACAUAGCAUCAUGAGUGUCUCCUCCUUCGUCAGUGAGGCGCGUUGGAGGCAGAUCACGGCGAGCAGACGGCGAUUUCAUACACUAAUCGGUCCGAAAGUGCGGAGGCUCCAUUUCCCUAACCCCGCCUCCUUUCCCUGAUGCUCUCGCACUCCCUCGCACUCCCUCUUUUGGUUGCUGCCUCCCUCCACCCUAUACGCGAAGACUGAGGACAAUCUUGCAGAGUUUCGCUUGCUCGGUUUUUCGCUGUCGCUCCUUUCCUUCUUCUUGUCUGGGAGGACGAUCCGGUGGCGAUGGGGUCACGGCAGUCGAUCGAGCAUGCAUUCUAGCGGUCCAUCGAUCAAGACGAGCAAGACGCAUACGAGGUGCUGUGUUUUUUGGGCGGGUUAUCCAUCUACAGUGACGAUGGGUUUAGGAUAUGCCGUGGCCAUAUGUAUAGUAAGUACCAGGGAACGUGUAGGUUAGUCACACGAGUACCAGGAAAGGGUAUCUCUCUGGCAACAGCAGCCCCUCUGUGAGAAGGAAAGGGGAGCAGCAAAAAAGAAAAAAAAGAAAAAAAAGAAAAAAAAGAAAAAAAAGAAAAAAAAGAAAAAAAAGAAAAAAAAAAGAAACGGAAGCAGCAGCCCCAGCGCGAGAAGGGGAAAGGAGAGCAGCAGCCGCACUGUGAGAGGGGGGAAAGGACAGCAGUCCCCAGAAAAAGUUGUGUCCCGCUGUGAGAAGGACAGAACGGCCGCAGCCCCAGUGCGAGAAGGGGAAAGGAGAGCAGGAGCGCGACUGUGAGAAGGAAAGGAGAUCAGCCCCCGCUCUGUGAGAGGGGGGAAAGUACAGCAGCCCACGCGGAAGUUGUGUCCCGCUGUGAGAGGGAAAGAAGAGGGCAGCAGCCCCACUGUGAGAAGAAAGAGGAGAGCAGCAGCCCGACUGCGAGAAGGAAAGCAGAGCAGCAGCCGCAAUGUGAGAACGAAAGGACAGCAGCAGCCGCCCAAGGAAAUGGUGUGUAAGGAGGACCAGGGAAGGAAGGACAUAUCUGAAGAAGAGCAGCGGCAGCCUCACGUCUGGGUCUGCUUCUUGUGGACAGUACCGGGAAAAACGCCAUCGCCGGGCAUCACUCCAUUUCAGCCGAACAGACACUUCGCUAACAGCUUUCCUUGAAUGUGUGCGACAAAAACUGUGGACUGGUCACUCCGAGGGGAGUCGAGGGGAGGGAGGGAGGGAGGGAGGGAGGGAGGAGAGUUCGAGUUUGCAGAAUGUGUGUGACAGGGAGAUCAGAUAGGGGACACAAUCUGGUGCAUGGUGGUUUGCGCGCGUGGAGCAUCCACAUGGAUUGCCUGAAUGGAGUGCCCGCAUGGAAAGGAGAGUCGGUGCUGCUCGGUACUUGGACUAGAACGAUCAGGCGAUUGAUUAGAUGAAAGAGAGUGGUGGGGGGGGAUAUUUGGGAGUGGCGUGGUGAUCGCGGUCGUCGUCAGGUGAUAAUUAUUCUAUCUGUUCUCUCUAAUUGGGAAGUGGAUUGCUCGCUGUAGUCGUCAACAGGCAGACAGCAGAUAUCAAAUACAUAUUAUUAUUUACAAAUCGUCAUAUACACAUCUUCGAAUGCGCAGCGGCUACUGGCAAGCGAGUGUGCGAGAGAGAGAGAGAGAGAGAGAGAGAGAGAGAGAGAGAGAGAGAGAGAGAGAGAGUAUCACCGGUAGGAGUGAGUAAAAUGGUGAAUGGUACUUGGAUAUGAUUCAUUCGUCGGCGGGGAAGUGAUCAGUGACUUAUGGGCCGUACGGAAAUGGGAGGAGAUUGAUAGCUACUGGCUGGCUGGAGCGUCGUUCUUUGCAAUGACUCCCGCAAGGAGGCCGAGAAGUUGGUACCCCAUCGAUUGACAAACCACGAUGGCGAGAGACGUAGUAGCAGCGAUGGCUAGAUAACAUCGAGGGCGAGAAGAUGGGACGGGGAAGAUGGAGGUGGGUAGCUGGGAAUAAACGGGGAUCGGAAAGUGAUCGGAACAAACCGACGGAUUUAUAACAGGGUAUAAAACAAGAGCGAGAUUGGUAGACAAAUCUAAAUAGGUAGAAAGAUAGGUAGAUGGACAACAAAUAAAUAGAGGUAGAUGGCAGGAUUUUGAGAAGAUAUAUUCAGAAGUAGAGGAGAGGGAGAGGAGAGGGAAAGGAGAGGGAGAGGAGAGGGAGAGGAGAGGAGAGGAGGGGAGAGAGGGAGGGGAGACAAACAGGAAGGAGUAGUUCACUUUGAAUAAGGUAUUCAUCUCAGGGAGGGAUAGAGAUUAGUGAUCCAUAGGUUGGUCUUCCAUCAGACUGUCAUUCCUGUGUCCAACGCCGCCCCCCCCCCCCAAUUUCUGUCUGACAAAAACGGGGCGACGUAAUUUGCCUUUGCCUUGGCGGUGCAUUUCUCGUCGUUCUCCUUGUUGUUUACGGGAUUUUUUUUUCUUUCUCUCUCUCUCUCUCUCUUCUCCAGUCCGAGCGCAAUGUUUUGAAUUGACGAUUACCUGAUUCAUAUGAGGUCUCAUCGCUCUGUGUUUUGCGUCGAUCAAUCCACUUUCGAUUACAGGCUUAUGUCCCCCUCUUUUUCCCAUCUUUGCUCGGUAGCGAUUAAUCCGUCUUUCUCUUGAAAUUCCGCAGCCACAACUGAUUCAUUCCCUUUGGCGAUUUUUUCUGAUUUGGCGAUUUUUUUCUGAGUAGUUGUCGAGUUGUAUAUAGAGUACUCACGCGGUGGCCCUCUGUCAGUUCAGACUGUGUUCUGGCAAUUUUGUCUUGUGUCGCGGUGGCGUGCAACACAUUUUCUAGUAUUUCUCGUUUCCCUACUCUUCCUCUUCUUCCUCUCCCUCCUCCCUUUUUCUCCUCCUCCUCCUUUUUCUUCUUCUCCUCCUCCUUUUCCUCCUCCUCCGCCUGCCGUUUUCAUUAGCCGUGUCUUUCACUUCCGUUUUCCUUGUUGCUCUCGUCCUCCGUCCUUCUUUCUCCCUCUUUCCCCCCCCCCAUCGAAUUACAGCCGUACGAUGUCCUAGCUUCAUCAUCAGUAAUCACACGAUCCGUCCGCGAUGGUCCCAAUUGAACCAACUGUCUGAGUGCCUUCUAAUUGAGGGAUAUAUAUAUAUAUAUAUCUGCUUGUGACGAUAUAUAUAUAUCUCCUCUGUCGCCCACGUGGGCCUCUUCUCUGCAGAAGUUGUCUCUUUAUGCAUCGGCGUCAUGGGUCAUUGUGGCGUGAUUCGCCCGUCAUGUGGGGCUACUGCUGAUCUUCUUUUUCCGGCCUCAAUGACCAAGCCUUGCAGAGCAAAGCCCCGCCUUUUCUCCCCGACCCCUAUUCCAAUUACGGCGGCUUAUCUGAUUUUAAUCUUCAAUGCGUGGACCAUCUUGGGUCUUGCGCAAUCAUCAUCUACUCUUGUUAGUAAAGGUGGGAACAGUAAGAGCACCAGCGACGGCAUCGUCGGUGAGUCAAAUGCCCUCAGCAUUUUUUCGAUCACUCGUUACCGAGGACGAAGGGAUGGCGAUGGCAAUACUGAUGAUCUCCUCAACCCUUUGGGAGCCGGUAUUAAGGAGACGUACACGGCAGCCCUUCACUUGGGGUACAAUACCCAGGAGGAAUUACGGACUUCACUAUCUCGCGCGAAAGAGGGGGAGGGGAGCAUCAUUGCCAGAUCAGCCGAUGAGCCAAAUAACAACCCCCCGAUGCACAGGGAUAGGGUAGAUCAACCUUUCGUCUUCUCCUCUUCUUCCUCCUCCUCCUCCUCCUCCCUCUCCUCCCUCUCUGCUUCUUCCUCCUCCUCCUCCUCGUUGGGAGCAUCUCGGAUGGGAGGGAAACGAGGGCCGAGUGAUUCCGUGUACGGCGUAGAUUGUGGGGAAGGCGAUCGAGCAGCAGGUGAUUGCGUUCAAGGAGCAGACAGUUCCAAUCGACGUAUGGCUCAGGAAGCAGACGGUUCUGUAUCGUAUACUUCAACACCCUCUGAUAAGGCUUCCGGCGGGUCGGCCGAUUGGCCGUCAGCGUUGACAUUGGCUAUCGUUCUGUUAGCCGUGCCAGUGAUUGUGUUUGUUGCCGUUAGUCUAAUUGUGGCGGUAACGGCGAUAAACUAUGCGUGGACGAUGAGGAGAUACUUGCAGCGCUUGGCGAGCGAGGGACUGAGUAGUCAGCAAGCCUUCCUGGUGCCGCCGAAGCCUCCUACGUGUUGUCGUUGCGGAGAGCGCUCUGGUCUGGUCAUGACAAACAUGAUCUUUGGGACGAUCUGGCUCACGGUGAUGUUCCUGAUCAUCGGAGGAAAAGUGAUUUACUGGAUAAUUGCCUGUCUUCUCCUCUGCUUGCUGAACUACACGGCAGCAUCUGUUCUCUACUUGAGUCAGCAGAGGAUGAACAAUGCUGGACUUCCCGGACAAGGGUACGGGAGUCGUCCGGUGUCACAGUUGAUGGUGGCAUCGGACACAGGAAUGUGGGGUUUGCAGCCACUGCCUUACGCUUGCCCAUCGUGCGGUACAAUCUUCCAUGUGCCUCCGGGGUGUCCGCAGUUUGAGUGCCCAGGGUGUAAUCGCCUCCAUGGGAUGCCUGCAACGAUCGGCAUUCCUGUGCCAAUAGGUCCCGGCGGAAGCGGUUUCAUGAUGGGGCCCAGUCUGGAGAGCAUACGGUUACGUGACCCUAGGGCUGCAGGUGGUGAAGGCGUGCAGGGCAGUGCGAUUGGCCAUCCAGGGGCAGCGGCAAGUGUCUCCGGUGGACCUGCGGGUGUCUCUCUUCCGGUCAUGGCAUCGCCUGCUGCUGGGCCCAGGUUAUCUCCAAGCAUGGGCAUGACGAUGACCCUGCCGGGCGUCGGUGUCGGAGCGGUUGCAGGGUUUGCGAAUGCACAUAUCCGAGGCCCUCCUUUAGCGAUCCCCCAGUCUGUUCGUCCUCCGUUGCAGACCACCUCUAUGCCGUCAACAUCAUCGUCUAACUUACCAGUGUUGCGGAGCAACCCUGGAAUGACAAGUGCGGGGAUAGACAAUGCACUUGUCCCUGUGCGGAUCCAAGCUGAGGAUGAGUCGGCUUCUGGUCUUACAGCUGAUGAGUCAUCCUCCUACCCUUCGGAGCUUGCGGUACUUCACCGUUCCUCUUCGGUGGAGGCGCUUGACUCAGUCACAGCACCAUUGCCAGCAUCGUCCACCUCCGAUAUCACUGACACAGUAGAUCCUGUGGUGCCGGUGUCUACAUCGCUUACUCUGAUGCCGCCCUCUGUUCCGUCAUCACCGUCUAUAAAUCCAAUCCCACCACCGCCAGGCACUCCAUCAAGGACUGCCUCUCCUGGCCAAUUUCCUUCGCCGUCUGCCCAACCUCAGUCUUUGCAGAGCAAGAGCCACAUGCGCUCACGAUCGCUGUCACAGUUCUCUAAUCCUCGCGCGCGUCUGCGUUACUCAUCUGCUUCCGCCCCUUCAUCACCCCCACAUGUGAUGCAUGGCUCACAACCAAUCCCUCCUCCCCCUCCGCAGUUCCCGCCACCUCCAUCGUUUAAUCAGAAAGCGAAUCCGCGGACUACGUCCAACACACGUCAGUCGUCCCUCUCGGCUUCCCAUCCUUUAUGCGCUGGCAAUGAAUCUGGUCGGCCAUUGUCUCCCCCCCGAUCCGUGCCAAACCGUGUGGUUUUGGAUGCUGCACGAGCCGGAAUGUCCAGGUCUGAAGCUACUUCUUCCUCGUCAAGGGAUGUGCCUGCCUCGGGCAUCCCUCCUGCGCCUCCUCUUCCCACUCGACCACUCAGAAACCAGUUACACCACUCUAAAUCAACAGCUCACAACUCUGAGGCUGUGUUGGCGGGCCCCCCGUUCAUGGCAAGAUCGUCAUCACCGUCAGCGCGUCCUACAUCGCCGUCAGGGCGCCCUCCGUCGCCAUCGGGCCGACCUCCAUUAGUCCCAGGACAUCAACCUGCGACAUCAGGACGUCCACAAUCGCCAUCAGGAUGUCCACCAUCUCCUUCAGCAAAGGUUUUGAGUUAUUGCCCAUCGCCACCCUCACGGUUGUCCUCCUCCCGACCCUCAGCGCAUUUGUCCAUGCAGUCCCAAUUGCCCCUGCAAACUCACUUGCUUAGUCAGCUUCGUGAUCAGAUGGCUAUCCGCCGCCAUACUCGGGGGUUGGGCAUGUCUGCAAUGGGGUCUUCGUCACCAUCUCCUUCACAAUCACCGAGAUACUUCUCACCUCAUUCCCACCCCCAUGGACCAAAGUCGUCUGGGCUCUCGGUGCCUCCAUUUUGUUUGACGCACGGUGAUGAGGCUUCAGAAGAUGCAUCACUGAGCAUUGGCUCAUCGUUGCUCGAUUCAACCUCGUCUAGAAUAAGCUCAACAAUGGCAAGGGAUACCUCUGGGGAGGAGUCAAGUCAACAGUCCGACGCCUUGAUGGCCGACAGGACAGAGGAGGACCGGCUACUGAGGUGAGUUCUGACUGUGUGGAGGGAGUUUGUGUGAAUGAUCAACGCAGUAAGUUAAUUUACACGGAUGCAAAACGAGUAGUUGGGUCUGAACGCGGCCAAAAAAAGUAGCCUGGCCAGAGCGCACGCGGACGACCCUAAAUCUAGAAUGGUCAGAUGCCCCUGGAUGAGUUGACAUGGUCCCAAAAUCAGACGGGUCAGAAUGCACGUCGGUGACUGAACACUACUGCCCCCCCCAAAAGAAAAAAGAAAAAAAAUUGAUCCGGCUAUUGUGGAGCAAACAAGUUCAAAGGUUGGGGAGAGUUUUGUGAAAAUUCUUAGUGAAACUCAGUGAAGUAUUGAUGUUAACUCAAAU